UCCCUUCUCCACCCACUAGAACGACCACCCUAGCCAAUGAUGCGACCAGCGCAAACACUUUGGACGUUUCGGCGUAAGGAGAGGAACCACUCGACAAGUUUAGAGUGACUUUUGGGAGAAUAUUCCACAACUUUUUUUCCCGCUUAUCGCUCCGGUGGGGUUUAAUCAUGUGUUAAGAGCAGCGGAGUUUUUGCAACUAUGCAAGGGCAUCACAAAAAAAUCGUGACGCAUCUAAGGUGGCUGCUGCUGUGCGCCUGCGUGGUCAUUCUUGUCUCAGAAGCGCAGGCUGGUGGGAAGAAGCACAGCGGUCCCUGCGGAGGAAGAGACUGCAGCGGAGGCUGCAAAUGCUUUCCCGAGAAGGGUGCCAGGGGUCAACAUGGGCCUGUAGGUCCCCAAGGCAUCACGGGGCCCCCGGGGAGACCAGGAGAUCCCGGCAUUCAAGGGCCAAAAGGGCACCAAGGUGAAACUGGCCGUAGUGGCGCCAGUGGGCCCAAAGGAAAUACGGGAAUGCUUGGUGUGCCUGGCUUUGCUGGAAACGACGGAAUCCCGGGCCACCCGGGACAACCAGGACCCAGGGGGAAACCCGGCGCCGACGGCUGUAACGGAACAGUAGGGGAAUCCGGAAUCCCAGGAUUAAUCGGGCGUGAAGGAGCACCCGGAUUUUCUGGGCAACCAGGCAGGAAAGGGGAGAAGGGCGACACCUUGGAUGUGACCGUGUACAUGCGGAGAUUCAGGGGAGAGACGGGUACACCGGGAGCCAACGGAGCAUUUGGGCCUCCUGGAAACCGAGGAUGGCAGGGAAACCCAGGUGUCCCAGGACCAAAGGGUCAAAGGGGUUCCCCGGGUCCUCGUGGGCCAAAGGCUGUGCGAAAUGUACUCAAGGGCAUGAAAGGUGACCAGGGUGAGAUUGGACCCCCGGGACCACCAGGAAACCCCACUCAUCCACACAGUCAGCCCCCAUUUGGACCAGGAGGCCCUGUUGGACCUAAAGGGUUUAAAGGAGAACCAGGAGAUUUGGCUGAUAACAAAGGAGAAACUGGAAUUAAUGGCUUCCCGGGAUCACGAGGUUUGCCUGGUGCACCAGGGAGGGCUGGUCCAAGGGGGGAGUUGGGAGAACCAGGACCAUUAGGACAAGAGGGUGUAAAGGGAGUGAGAGGUGAAGCGGGGGAACUGGUUUCAUCAGGAUUUUGGCCCUGGUCUUCAUCAGCUGGUCCCCGUGGUCCCAUCGGUGAGACGGGACCCCAAGGUCCAAGGGGUCCGAUAGGAGAUCAAGGCAUUCCUGGGCCACCAGGAAGAACCGCUUCGUACACACAGCAACAAGUGUUUGACUACGGCGGGCCAUUUGGAAGAAAGGGGGAGCCCGGAGAGAAGGGCCAACAGGGAGAAAAAGGAAGUCCUGCUAUCAGUGCAGGCCCACCUGGCUACCCUGGUCGCCCCGGUUCUCCAGGUCCUCCGGGGCCCAAAGGAUCAUGGGAAGAUUUCUUCAAGGGAUCUCCUGGUGGUAGAGGAAGGCCUGGAAAUGCUGGUUUCAAGGGAGUCAAAGGUGAUCACGGGCAAUGUGAAUGCACCGUUAACAACUCCCCACCAGGACCAGUUGGGCCAGUCGGUGACUCUGGUGACCCUGGAAUGACUGGGGAGUUUGGCCAGGAGGGUGACAUUGGCAACCCUGGACCCUCGGGAGUGGAUGGAUUGCCAGGAAGCCCUGGGUUCACUGGUGAGCCAGGUCCAAAAGGCAGAAAAGGAGACACAGCUGUGGCCACACAGAAAGGCUUUCGUGGCGACCCUGGGCUUCAAGGGCAAGAUGGUGAAUUAGGAACACAAGGAUUUCCAGGCCGAGUUGGUCUGCCAGGCUUUCCUGGAAAUCGAGGUCUUCCAGGAGAUGAUUCCAAAGGGGAGAGAGGAGAAAAAGGUUUCUCUGGCGUACCAGGUCGAUCUGGUGCACCUGGACUCAGAGGAGAGCCAGGUCUAGAGCUUGAGGGUGUCAAAGGCCAACCCGGUUUACCCGGUGAUGCAGGUCUUGAUGGUUAUCCUGGAGUUGCAGGAACACCUGGUAGUCCAGGCGGCUGUAGUCCAACAGGAGAUGGAGGACAAUGGGAUGUAACAGGUCCAUGUGGCAGUUUUCCAGGACCACCUGGACUGCCUGGUUCUCCUGGACCCAGAGGAUUACCUGGUCUUACAGGCCUUCAGGGUGAGAAAGGUCUGCCGGGGCUUUUUGGAGUAGAGGGGGUAAAAGGAGAAAGAGGAGACUAUGGUCUUGUUGGCCUCCCUGGACCACCAGGUUUUACUGGCCCCCGCGGUGAUUUGGGCUUGCCUGGCAGAAAAGGGUCAGAUGGCUCACCAGGCGUGCCUGGACUGGCUGGACGGAAUGGACCUUCCGGAGAAAAGGGAUUCCAUGGGGACAUAUUGGGUGCACUGCCAGGGCCCCCUGGUGACCCAGGAUUGUAUGGAUUUCAAGGGAGCAAGGGUUUUGCCGGAGAUCAGGGAGAACCUGGCUAUCCAGGAAUGGGAGGCGCACCUGGUAUGGUUGGCUCCAAAGGCAACAUUGGCCCUCCAGGCCUGCAGGGAGUGGAAGGAAGUCCUGGAGCAAUAGGCAGUUAUGGCUACCCUGGGGAUCCCGGCAAUACUGGUCCACCAGGGCCACAGGGUGCUAUUGGACAACCAGGGUUAACUGGUGAAAGAGGAACGGAAGGAACCCCAGGUGCUCCAGGCCCAUUGGGAAUAAAAGGUUUACCAGGGGAACCUGGUAGCUUUGGUGUUCUUGGGGAGAAAGGCUCACCGGGUAUCAUUGGAAAGCCCGGGCCAGAUGGAAGACAAGGAGCUCCAGGAAUGAAAGGGUACAAAGGGUCUGCUGGCAUGUCUGGCUUUGGUGGUGUACUUGGAAAUACAGGCGUUAAAGGAGAAGAUGGGAUAAAGGGAGACACCGGACAGCCAGGUCAAAUUGGCCCUAAAGGAAUGACCGGCACAACCGGAGAAAAAGGUGAUCGCGGAUUAAGAGGCCCACCCGGCGAGAAACCAGACAUUCCUAAACAGAUCAUUGUCAAGAUGAAAGGAAUCAAGGGAGAAAGUGGAAAUAUAGGAAAUCAAGGCUUCGUCGGACCGAGAGGCGCAAAGGGUCUCCCUGGUGUUCCCGGUCGUGAGGGAGGUCAUGGCUUUCCUGGAGAGCCUGGUCGUGAAAAGGGUUUUCAUGGAGACCCUGGAGCGCAGGGACUGCCAGGGCUCAAAGGAAUGCCAGGCUAUCCCGGGAGUCAAGGAAUUUCUGGCUUUGAUGGAAUGAGUGGUAAAAAGGGAGUCAAAGGAAGCCCUGGUGCCUAUGGUGCAUCAGGAGAGACAGGCAAAAAGGGAGUCAGAGGUGAACAAGGUCCUCGUAUAGACAUUCCAGGAGCAACUGGACUUAGAGGAGAGGUUGGUCCUAUAGGAGAAUCAGGUGAGAAAGGAGUAUUUGGAGUAGCUGGAGAUAGGGGACUCCCGGGUUUUGAUGGUAUCGAAGGAAAAAGGGGACAAUUAGGUGAUCCAGGCGAUGUAGGAUAUCCUGGUUUUGAUGGGCAGAAAGGAACUCCUGGCAGCCAAGGUCUGAAGGGUUUUGCUGGUACCCCUGGAAGAGUGGGACAACCAGGUUUCCCAGGCAUUCCAGGAAUAAAAGGUUUCCCUGGUCUGAUUGGCCUUUAUGGAUUAGAUGGACUGAAAGGACAAAAGGGUGUCGCUGGAAUCACAGGUUUGGAUACCGCUGGACCAUCUGGAGAUCCAGGACUCAAGGGAGAGAGGGGUGAAGAUGGCAGCCCAAACAAUCAGGCAGGUGUCCCUGGGGAUGCAGGUUCAAAAGGCUUCCAAGGAGAAGAUGGUGACCAAGGUCAACCUGGACCAUCAGGAUUCCGGGGGCCAAGAGGACCAGAUGGAAAUUCAGACAGACCAGGACCCCCUGGCAAUAAAGGCUCCCGUGGUUCUCAAGGGUUGCAAGGUUUCCCUGGAACCAGAGGUUUGCCUGGUAUUAAUGCCUUUCCUGGAGAAAAAGGUACAACUGGAACACUUGGCUAUCCUGGAGUACCUGGCAGGAAAGGCUUCACUGGGGACCAAGGUCCAGGUGGAUAUAGGGGACCAAAUGGGAUUUCUGGGAAGAAAGGUGAUAAAGGAGAUCAAGGUUCAAUGGGGAUUCCUGGUCUGACUGGGAUCAAGGGAGAAAGAGGACCAUAUGGCCCUAAAGGAGAUGCCGGACCUCCAGGUGUCCGUGGGUUGCCGGGAAGCCAGGGUCCACCUUCAGUGUCCAGCAUCGUCCCAGGAGAGCGGGGCCCUCCUGGACCACAGGGUAUUAAAGGACCAAGAGGCAUCCAAGGAGAAACAGGCCCACAGGGACCACCAGGGGAUAAUGGUUUUAUUGGGCCCAUUGGGCAAAAGGGCAUGCCCGGAAUAGGCGGAAGACCAGGAACACCUGGAUUCCGAGGAGAGGUCGGUCAAGUGGGCCACACUGGCCUGCAAGGCAUGCAAGGCAACCCAGGUAAACCAGGUGUCCCUGGCAGACCUGGCAUGCCGGGCCGCAGCGUCUCCGUGGGUUACUUGCUGGUCAAGCACAGUCAGUCAGAGUUGACACCCAUGUGUCCUGUGGGAAUGUCAAAAAUAUGGGAUGGAUACAGUCUUUUGUAUCUGGAAGGCCAGGAAAAGGCUCACAACCAGGAUCUCGGCUUGGCUGGUUCCUGCCUGCCGCGCUUCAGCACCAUGCCCUUCCUCUACUGCAACCCUGGAGACAUCUGCUACUACGCUAGCAGGAAUGACAAGUCCUACUGGUUGUCAACCACUGCUCCUCUGCCCAUGAUGCCCGUGGAGGAGGGCGACAUCAAACCCUACAUCAGCCGCUGCUCGGUUUGCGAGGCACCAUCAGUUGCCAUCGCUGUGCACAGUCAGGACAUCACCAUCCCGCAGUGUCCCGUCGGAUGGCGCAGCCUGUGGAUCGGCUACUCAUUCCUCAUGCACACGGCGGCCGGAAACGAAGGCGGGGGUCAGUCGCUGUCUUCGCCCGGAUCUUGCUUGGAGGACUUCCGAACGUCGCCGUUCAUAGAGUGCAACGGCGCCAAAGGCACAUGCCACUACUUCGCUAACAAGCACAGCUUCUGGCUCACUUCUAUAGAUCAGUCUUUCAACUCCGAGCCGGCAGCAGAGACUCUUAAAGCGGGACAGCUCCUGUCGCGCAUCAGCCGCUGCCAGGUCUGCAUGAAGAACUUGUGAAAGGAGACCCUGAAAUGACAUCCCACCCCGCCGGAGCCUCGAAACUCAUAUAUGCAAUGACUGUUUGGUGCCUUGAGAAUCAAGUAUUUUUGUUUGAAAUGUGUACUGGUGCUUCAUGGUUUAACUUAUUACCUCAGGCAACACAGAGACUGUUCAUUGCUACUAUUGCACUGCAUCCAGCCUUAUUCUACUUAAAGCCACUAACUGCUUCUUCACCCAGCCUCAACUAUGGUUGGUUAAGCUUUUUAUUACAUCCGAUGAGUCAUUUCUAUGUCAAGUGUACAAGUUUUUUACUAGUUAGAGCUGUUAUGUUAAUUGUCAUUCUGCACUGAUUCCUAUUUUGAGUACUUGCGCGCUGUUUGCUCAGUCCCGCCAUGUGGGCCGCAGCAGUAUGGUCAUACACAAAUCACGUUUAGAGGCUAGAAAAAUACGAAUUAAAUAACAACUGGUGCACACGACUGAAACGCACUGACACAAUUUGCAGUAGGAGAGUUGAUAAAACCUUGUAAAAUGCAUACCUGAUACUCUAGUUGCACUUCCAUUACCUGGUAAUUUGCAAAACCGAAUUUUCGCAAUGCCAAAACUGAUAAUGGAAAUGCCUGAAUUUUGAAGAAAACAUCAAAUAUGGCAAAAUAUCUUUUACAGUUGAAUGAAGAGUUUAUCAGAUAUUUCCAUAUUAAAAUAUUUAGCAAUUGAAACACUUUUCGAAAUUGUGAAACACAGGACGUAAUGUAGUCACAUGAUCUGUUCUCCGUACGCAACACGUUUUGGGCGUCAGUCUUCCUUCAGUAAAAUCUCACAGGAUGAGACCUCAGGAUAGUUACAAGUAGGGUUGUUCCGAUCAUGUUUUUUUGCUCCCGAUCCGAUCAUUUUAGUUUGAGUAUCUGCUGAUCCCGAUAUUUCCCGAUCCGAUUACUUUUUUUUUUUUGAUUCAAUUCCAAUCAUUCCCGAUAGUUUUUCCCAAUCAUAUACAUUUUGGCAAUGCAUUAAGAAAAAAAUGAAUAAAACUCGGAUAUAUACAUUCAACAUACAGUACAUAAGUACUGUAUUUGUUUAUUAUGACAAUAAAUCCUCAAGAUGGCAUUUACAUUAUUUUCUUUCUGUGAGAGGGAUCCACGGAUAGAAAGACUUGUAAUUCUUAAAGGAUGAAUGUGACUUUGUAUAUUGUGACUAAAUAUUGCCAUCUAGUGUAUUUGUUGAGCUUUCAGUAAAUGAUACUGUAGCCAUUUAACUUCUGCCCAAAUGCAUGAUGGGAAGUGCAACCAUGACAGUGCGUCGUGGUACCAAUUUAUAUAUCUUCUCUGCGUUGGGAAAUAACAUAGGAUGUUAAGAAAAAAAUCAACUUCUACCUUUCUUCCCUACAUUGCUUCCCACGAUUAUUCUAAUUGUUGGGAGAGGGAUUGUAAGGCUUUAUCCAUUUAAAAAAAGGCUCCAAAGGCUGCAAAAAUUCUCUCUACUCAUUUUACGCUGCUGCCUUUUAGCUCUAUAUACUGUAUGGGUAAAACGGCACCAUUAUAGAUUGAACGCGACAAUGUGUGAGUGGGUCGUGCAGCGCAUGCGUUAAUUGCGUUAAAUAUUGUAACGUGAUAAAUGUAAAAAAUAUUCAUUCUCGCCAUUAAUACGUUAAAUUUGAUAACCCUACCUUAAGCUUAAACUAAAGACUCUGGAAGAGUGUAACACAUUAUGUCUGUAACGUUAAAUACAAUUAGAAAAUGAUUCAAUUAAAAAAAUCUAUUAAAAAAAGGCAUGUCCGAUAUUUUUUGCCGAUUCCGAUACUUUGAAAAUGACGUGAUCGGACCUGAUCGAUCGGGACAUCUCUAGUUACAAGGCUUUUUUGAUUACAACCUUUAAUUAAAUAUACGUUGCCGAAAUUCUUGAAAUAUUUUAUUUAGCGAAAAACUAAUGGAAACGGAGCAUCUGUUGUUUUUACUUGGAUCUCGUGCUUUUUAUAGAUUGAUUACUUAAGCAAUUUCUUUUCUUUUUUUCAAUCAAUUGGGACUGGUUGGUUCCCGUGGCGUUGGUGAGGCCUGGUCUUUGAGACCGCAGAGAAAAGUAUUUCCAGGCUUACUUUCCAAAUCAGCUAAUGAUUAAUUCAACUCCAAUUCCAGCUUGAUAAAACAUAAACAGCCUGGGUCCAAGGUCCUUAGGUAACCUUUUUACCCUUUCCAAUUGAUAUCAAAUCCUCCAAGGGCCGAAUGCAAAGUUUGAAAAUGUGUUUUUGUAUUAUAAAUGUUAUUUUCAGGUAAAGUACACAAGAUUAAAUGUUUCUCAUUACACAUGGUUAAUUUCAUCCCACUUGUCUGGAAAGAUGGAAGCACAACAGAUACUUACUGGUCAAACACGAGUUCUUUUAUCUACAUUAUUACUGUAAGGUCAAAAAUUAAACGUUUCUACAAACCCUGGUGUGAUUUCAUGAACAAACCGACGCAAAAUAAAAAUCUUUAUUAUUAUGACACCUGGUUUAAGAAUUCAUCAUGGUUGCGUGCCUUUAAAAAAUUCACAAGGUAACAAAAGAUUUCAGUCUGAUCAAUGAAAACAUUCCAAUUUCAGUAUUAUUACAGUGUCAUAAACAUUAGUGCUGUUAAGUUUACGAAAUUCUUCACAGUAUGAUAAGGUUGAUCAUCGGCUGCCACGGCGAUAGAUGUCACAUCCAAUGAAAUCGAUCGCUGCCAGCCCA